GCAACGACGCUGGACGUAGUGACGGACGCAUACGAGAAGAUCGGGCUGUACUUGGGACAUCCAGUGAGAGUGGCUAAUCAACAGCGUGCCCUUCAACAACUCGCCGAUAGCAUCAAGGAAAAAUGUAGAGCAGAGCAAGGGUCCUGUGAUGCAAUUGUUGUUGUUGAUUUCAAAAUGAAAAUGGAGCCCCUGUACUACCGUGAAAAA